GCUCCCUCCGUUUCCCAUCUCUCCAGGAUGAGAGAAGUUUGGGAUCGGCUUUUCCCCUCUCCCUGUAGUUGAUAGUUUGGGAACGGAGGUGAUGCUGGAGUCGAGAUGGCUGACAGUGUGAAAACCUUCCUGCAUGACCUCGUCAGGGGAAUUAAGGACUCCAUCUGGGGCAUCUGCACCAUCUCCAAGCUGGACGCCCGGAUCCAGCAGAAAAGGGAAGAGCAGAGGAGGAGGAGAGCCAACAGUGCCCUGGCCCAGCGGAGGUUUCACAUAGAGGAGAAGAAGCAAGAGGCGGAACCCCGGAUCGUGAGCCGGAUAUUCCAGUGCUGCGCCUGGAACGGAGGCGUCUUCUGGCUGAGCCUCUUCCUGUUCUACCGCGUCUUCAUCCCCGUCCUGCAGUCAGUGACGGCGCAGAUCAUCGGUGACCCUUCCCUCCACGGCGACGUCUGGUCCUGGCUGGAGUUCAUCCUCACCUCCAUCUUCAGCGCCCUCUGGGUCCUGCCCCUUUUUGUCCUCAGCAAGGUGGUCAAUGCCAUCUGGUUCCAGGAUAUCGCGGAUCUGGCGUUCGAGGUGUCUGGCAGGAAGCCUCAUCCCUUCCCCAGCGUCAGCAAAAUCAUCGCCGACAUGUUGUUCAACCUCCUGCUGCAGGCACUCUUCCUCAUCCAGGGAAUGAUUGUGAGCCUCUUCCCCAUCGACCUCAUCGGCCAGCUCAUCGGCCUCCUCCACAUGUCCCUUCUCUACUCCCUCUACUGCUUUGAGUACCGCUGGUUCAACAAAGGCAUUGAGAUGCACCAACGGUUGUCCAACAUCGAGAGGAACUGGCCCUACUAUUUCGGCUUCGGCCUCCCACUGGCCUUCCUCACGGCCAUGCAGUCCUCAUACAUCAUCAGUGGCUGCCUCUUCUCCAUCCUUUUCCCUCUCUUCAUCAUCAGCGCCAAUGAAGCCAGGACCCCCGCCAAGACUUACCACUUCCAGCUCCGACUCUUCUCCCUGGUGGUUUUCCUCAGCAACAGGCUCUUCCACAAGACCAUGUACCUGCAGUCCGCCCUCAGCGCUGCGUCCUCCCCCUCCCCCGCCAAACACGUGGCUGCACCGGGGCACUGA